AUGAAAGCCUUCAGGAACACAUCGCGGGGUCUCUCGAAGAGCAAGCUCGCCGUCGGGCUAUUCGCCGGCGUCUUCCUGGCGCGGCUGAUAUACUUCCCGGUGUCGCCGAAGUUCGCCGUCCGCAGUCCCAACGCUAUCUUGCCGGGAUCGUUGAUAAAUGGAGUUGCAGAUCAUCCGCCGGUGAUGGAGAAGAUUGAUCUUGCACUGCCGCUAGGUAAUAGCGCAGCAGAAUCUCCAGCGGUCACAGAGCAGGACCACGAAAAGGAACUCACCAUUUCUCCUACAAAUUCCACAGGUGAACAAGCUGCACCAAGAUCUAUUCUUCCUCCUACUUUGAAGCCAAUCUGCGACCUCUCCGACCAGCGCUACGACGGCUGCGAAAUGUGGGGCGACGCACGCACGGCGAACGGCACAAACACGUCGCGGAUCUACUACAUUCCGCCGCCAUCGCAGCUCGCCACCGCCGAGGCCGCCGCCUGGAGCAUCCGCUCGCAGUCCCGCAAGAUCAUCGCCGUCCGCGAGGUCACCGUCCGGUCCCUCAACCUGUCCAACCUCCACGAGGCGCCGAGCUGCACCGUCUGGCGGGGCGUGCCGGCGGUGGUCUUCGCGCUCGGGGGCCUGACGUACAACUUGUGGCACGCCUUCAGCGACGUGCUGGUCCCGCUCUUCACGACGGUCCGGGCGUUCGGCGGCGAGGUCGAGCUCGUCGCCACCGACGCCCCGGUCUGGUUCGUCCCCAAGUACCGCCGCGUCCUCCGGGCGCUGUCGCGGUAUGGCGUCGUCAUGCUCGACACCGACACGGAGGUGCGCUGCUACCCGCACCUCAUCGUCGGCAUCCGCGGCCACCGCGACCUCGACAUCGACCCGGCGCGCGCCCCGAACAACCUCGACAUGUUCGCCUUCCGCACGUUCGUCCGGGAGGCCUACUCCCUGCCACCACCGGCCGCCGCGCUUCCGGUGAAAUCCGGCGGCGUCAAGCCCCGGCUCAUGAUCAUCCUCCGCCGCAAGACGCGGCGGUUCGUGAACCCCGACGCCAUCGUCGCGGCGAUCGAGCGCGCGGGGUUCGACGUGGUGCGCAUGGAGCCGACCCUCGCGGCCGACAUGGACGCAAUCUCCCGGGAGGUGGACGCGUGCGACGUGCUUCUGGGGGUGCACGGCGCCGGGCUGACGAACAUGGUGUUCCUGCGCACGGGCGCCGUGUUGUUGCAGGUCAUCCCGUGGGGGAAGAUGGAGCCCCACAGCGAGGGGUUCUUCGGCGCGCCGGCGGCGCACAUGGGCGUCCGGCACGUCACGCACAGCAUCGCCGCCGAGGAGAGCACGCUGUACGACAAGUACGGCAAGGACCAUCCGGUGAUCACGGAUCCUGACAUUUUCUACAAGAAUGGGAGCAAUGCGAGGUAUUACUGGUGGGAGCAGAGCAUCCGUCUCAACACCACGAGAUUCAUGCCAACGCUCGAGAGGGUGAAGCGGCUGCUGCAAGAGUGA